UGGAGCGUGAGUGGGAUAAUAGACUGACGUCUACGCUCCUUCUUUGUGCUAUUGCAGUUCGGCAAAAUGUUAAUCCAUUAUCUUAGUGAAGUGUCUUCAAAUCAGUUGUGGAGAAACAUCUUUGCUCACAUUCAGAGAAAACGGUGAUGACAAUCGUCGUUUUUCUGAACGCAUGCUCAGAACUAAUGAGAUCGUUUCUGACUCCCCCAGUCUGUCCGUGUGACACAUUUGAAUCUGUAAUACAUGGAAAUUACAUCAAAAAGAAUCGACAUUUGCGAAUCAGUGGCUUUCUGACUCUGUAAAGCCGCAGCGUUGUGCAGCACUCACACCCGCGGACAGCGACCAGUGAGAGAGGCAGCGAGACAGCGAGAAGAUCACGUUGAGUCUCUCAGAGAGAAUCUUGCUGCAUCCAUGCGAGGAAAAUAUGGAGAGAUGGCAUGCCUGGUUUUCUGUAACGAGAAAACAAGAAAAAUACCGCUCUAAUUUAUGAUACAAACUGUACGUGUCACGUUAGGAGAUAAUCUUGUUCUGAGAAGAUAGAAUAUUCUCUCAUCUGAAGGAGAAAUGGACGCCUCGCCAUCCAAGCAGGGGAGGAAGAGGGUGAAGAUCCACCCCAACACAGUGACGGUGAAGUACGCCACCCACUUCCCCCAACCGGGGGACGAGGGCUACGACGACGCUCCCUCCUUCGAGGACUUCGGUUCCUUUGUGGAAGAGAACCCCGACAAGAAGCUGUUGGCGGACAGCCGGGCCGGCAGGACUUUCUUCGGCUCCGUGGAGAGCCGGCCCAAGCCAGCGGGGCCGAAGGCCGGCAAUGGGGUGGGCGAGCAGCUGCAGAGCUUCGGCGAGGCCUCGGUCUUCGCCUCGCGGCUGACAUGGGGCGCCCUCUUCGGCGCAGCCCUGGCCCACGGCUGUGUGGCCCUCAUCACCCGACUGGCAGCCGACCGCUCCAAGGUGCCCUCCCUGGAGCUCCUUUUCAUCCGCUCAGUGAUCCAGGUGUUCUCCGUUGUCGUGGUCUACUACCACCGGGAGGCGCCCUUCGGACCCGAGGGCUACCGCCUGCGCCUCUUCUUCUACGGCGUCUGCAACGUCAUCUCCAUCACCUGCGCCUACACCUCCUUCGCCAUCGUGCCGCCCAGCAACGGCACCAUCAUGUGGCGGGCCACCACCACCGUCUUCAGCGCCGUGCUGGCCUUCCUGCUGAUCGACGAGCGGCUGGGGAUGACCGACGUGGUCACGGUGGUGAGCAGCGUCUUCGGCCUCUGCCUGGUCAUGAUCCCCAACAUCGUGAGCGAAGAAAAGUCGCCCCUGGGCUUCUGGAAGGAGGCCUUCGGCUACACCAUGACGGUCAUGGCCGGGCUCACCGCGGCCCUCUCCAUGAUCGUCUACCGGGCCAUCAAGGAGCGGGUGAGCAUGUGGACGGCCCUCUUCACUUUCGGCUGGACGGGCACCGUGUGGGGGGCGUCUACCAUGUUCGUCAUGCAGGAGCCCAUAAUCCCCCUGGACGGGGAGACCUGGGGCUACCUCAUCGGCAUCUGCGUCUGCUCCACGGUGGCCUUCCUCGGCGUCUACUAUGCCCUGAACAAGUUCCACCCGGCGCUGGUGAGCACCGUGCAGCACCUGGAGAUCGUGGUGGCCAUGAUCCUCCAGCUCCUGGUGCUCCACAUGGUCCCGUCCGUAUACGACGUGAUCGGGGGCCUCAUCAUCAUCGUCAGUGUCUUCGUCCUGACCGGCCUCAAGCUUUACUGGGUGGGGAAGAGCAGGCGGCAGGAGUACGAGGAGAUACUCGACUCGCCGAUCAAAUGAGCGCGGAGGGGGGGGGGCUCGUUCCCCACUGCGCUACGGCAACCCCUCCCCGGACGUGUGAGCGAAAAUCGUGAAUGUCUGAAUCCAGAUCUAUUUAUUUUGUAUCGUCUUGUUGCAGAGUGCCAGUUGUGUGAUGUCUUUGUUAUCUGUAUCGUGAGGAAUAAAAAAAAAAUUGGUUUGCAUUGCUUUCCCUCCAAUGUCAUUUCAUUCUCCCAUUAACUCACCAGUUAAAUUCAUACCAUUUAAAAAAAAGAAGUUUCAUUAUUUCCGCUUGUGUGGUAUUGAAUGACUGAGCACGACAGGGAAAAAUCCAGGCAUCUGCUGUGUCCAGGCAGUUACAUUUGUAUUCAUAAGACAGGAUGACAUUACUGGAGAUACAUUUCAUAAAUAGACAUCCUCAGCCAAGGCAAUCAAUAUAAUCCUUGCUGCUGUUAAAAGACGAACAUGAAAAUAACAGGGGUCAUGGCUCCUGUACCAUGGUGCUGGAAUUUCUGCCAUAAUGUGAGUCCUUAACCAUGGGAAAAAAACAUAAUGCUUUAAAAUUCUGUAACAAGGAUACUAACUCUAAUGUGACCUGGCAUGUUAGGUUAUGAGCUUGCAACAACUUUAUCUUUGAGCAUGCUUUCAUCUUUGCCAUCACAGAUCUCAAGGGGAUCUGUACCACAUCAUCACUAUUUAUAGAAGGUGUUACAGAUCAUUUCCCGCACAAAAACAUGUCGUGACGAUUGAUAAAUGUGCACAUAUUUAGCAUCACAGAUUUGGCAGGAGGCAGAUUAUGAAGGCGGCGGGAAAAUCACAUCAGCACAUGAAAUGUCUGUGGUAAACAACAUACUCUCAUGUAAUUAGCUGUGUUUUAUGCAUUUGAAGUAUGUGGUGAAAAAUAAGAUGAUAUGCAAUUUAAAGACUAGUUAUUUGUAUUUAAAAACAUAUGGUCCAGUUAUGAUCAUCUCAUCAGUCACAAUGGUAUUGUAUGCAUUUUUGUCACAUUGGAUGGACCUGUAAGGAGGUGGAUUUACGGCAUACUGGUUUAUCUUGCAUCUGAAACAUUAUAUCAGAGAUUUUAAGCUCUUAUUCUCAUUUUACAGCGUAUAUACUUUAUUCUGUCAUCUUUCUUGCAUAACUUUUCAUACAGACACAGAGAAAAUACUCUAGCUUUGAGCAUGCCAUUUUUUGCAGAGAGUAGGCCUAUUGGAAAUACAGCAAACAGCUAAAACAAAUGCACAAACCAAGUAGUUUUCCUCAUUCUUACUUGUACCUUAUCUGAAUGUUGUAUUCAACUGGUAUUUUGAAUCAUAGUUACCAGCCAUGCAGAACUGUUACAUUUAGCAAAAGAAGCACAUAUUUAGUGUUCAGAAAACAAUAUACAGUACGGUGAAAUAUAGUCCAAAUAAAUGUGCAUUUUUAUAUGUGUAAAAAGACACACGUCAUAUAUUACAUUAAUAUGAAAGACGAGCUGAAAUCAAAAUUCACUUUUUCCUAAGUUUAGUCAAUACGAACUUGUCUUAAAGUAUACAUUCCAAAAAUUAUAUAAAAUUGUAAUACUUGUGUAUUUUCACUCCAGUUUUUUUCCAUCCACUUCCUGGAAAAGGAGAUUUUACAAGAUUUUACGUCAAUGUGUACCACUGGGCUUGUAUGCAGAUUUAAUGUCCGUCAAUUUUCUGUUCCCCUCCAAUCAAUAUCCUUUUCACAUAGUGGCACCCCUCCUCAUUUGACAUUAGUCAAAUCAAAUCCCUGCCCUUCAAAAAUUCCCUCGAAAAAUAUAUUUUUCUCUUGUAUAUACGUCAGCUAGUGCUGCUCUGUAGUGCUCUGCUUCUGUUUCAGCUUGUCUUUAAAUAUAUUAGUGCCACAUUCAUAUAUGAAAGCUUAUGGAUAUAUUGUAUUGAAAGAAAAAUAUAAAUCAGCAGUUACAUAUAGGAGUGUGGCUACAAAUACAUCUAAGUAUACACCAUCUUUUUUUCUUUAUAUUUUGGAUGUAAUAUUUCACCAAAAUCACAAAUAUCUUUUUCAUGUGGACUGUCAUGAAGCAUGUCACUUUCAAAUUGGUAUACUUUCAAUGAUCAGAUUGAUCUGAUUGACACUUUCUUUGUUGUUAUUCAGAGAAACAUCUUUGUUAAUAUGGUAAUAUGCAAUUAUGUAACAGUCAUAACCUUGAAAUAAAGAAAAAUAGAUCAUUUUUAAAA